AUGUCACCGUGGCAGGUUCUCCGUGCAGGCAGAGCGACCCAGGCAGCUCUGGGUUAUCAUGUUCAUCAUGUACCUGGAGGUUUGGUGCAUUACAGCGCAGCUCCUGCCGUUGCAGCUGCUGCCUUGGCUCCAGACAGCAGCAGGAGCUUCUGCUUGUCCAGAGAGAAAGUCACACUGCAACAGCUGAACAACAGACUGGCCAUGUACCUGCAGCAGGUCCAGCAUCUGGAGGCGACCAAUCAGCAUCUGGAGUGUGAGAUCCAGAGGGAGCUGAACAGGAAGUGUCCCAGAGAGCUGAUGGAGCUGGACAGACACCUGAGGACAGUGUCCCUGCUGCAGGAGCAGAUCAGCAACUGUCUCUCAGCCCAGGCUCAAGUGAAGCUGCAGCUGCUCAACGCAGAGCUCACCGUCUUCGACCUCAGUGUCAGGUAUGAAAAGGAGUGUGAGCGUCGUGGUGCUCUGGAGGUGGAGCUUAGCAACCUGAGGCUGCUGGAUGAGGAACUGCAAGUCCACAGACUGCCGGAACUCCAUAAUCAGCUGAACGAUCGAACACAACACCUGACUGAGCUCCAGAUACAACACGAACAGGACAUGCAGGGUCUCCUGGCCCAGAUGUCAGGGGGCGUCAGUGUGGAGAUGCACCCGGUGGAGUCGUUAGACCUGAUCCAGCAGUUGUAUGGCCUGAGACAGACAGGUGUCGUGCUGCCCGACAACAACCAGAAUGAGUGCUGGUUCAACAAUCAGAUAUCCAUGUUGAGUUCUCCUGAGGUGGCCUUUGAGCCUCCAGAAGAGUCGGAGGUGAUCCGAGUCGAGCUGCAAGAACUGAGGACGACAGCAGUGAGUCUGGAAGAAGAGCUGAGACAACUGCAGACUCAGAACAUGGUGUUAGAGGCCUCUGGUCUGGAGCAGAACCAGUCCUUUGUCCAGCAGUUGGUGAUCCUGCAGCAGACAGCGGACAGUCUGUGUGCAGACCUGGACUCAGUGCUGCAGACUGCAGCUCAGCAGGCUGCACACCAUCAGACUCUGCUGGACAUCAAGACCAGACUGGAGGCUGAGAUACAGGAGUACAGGAGGCUGCUGGAUGGACUGAGCCCACAGGGGGUCUCAAGUCUUCACCCAGUGCCGGUGUCAAACUUCACAUCUUUCUGUGUUACAUCCAGCCCCUCUGCCUUCAGGAGCAACAUCAGAGUGGACAGAGCACUCACUCUGUCCGCUGUUCAGGAAGGAAGUCUCAGAAUGACGGAGGCUCAGGCUGCCUCUGGAGGCCACAUCCAUACACCCAUAGCUUCCCCACUAUCAGAAAUGGUGACCACAGUCCAGUCUACCAGGUUCCAUGACAAACAUUCAAGGAACUCACCAAUUACAUCAAUUUAUACCUCAAAUCUGAUUGAUUCAUUCAUCAAAUCUGAAAACCAGGGAACAGAAGCUUUUCCUGAAACAGCCAGGAGGGAACCCAUGAGCAUCAGUGCCACGGUCAACCAGCAGAGCCCCUCUGUGGAAGAUAAAGUCCACACUGAAGAUGGUGAUUUGCAGAACUUGUCGCUUGUUAUUGAUCAGAUUAGACACGGUGUAGACAAAGGAGCUGCAGCCAAAGAUUCAAACCCAGAGUCAGGAAGUUUUACUUUCAAACAAACUGCCACAGAGGCUGGUUUGCUGGUUAAUAAAACAGGGACAAACAUUCAAACAGAGAUUACCAGAAGCAUUGUUUUUGCAGAACAAGACGUGAAGCAAAGACCACAUUUCAUGACACAUAUAACCACAACUGAACCCAGCGUACAAGCUUCUGCAGAGGCAAAGAAAGCGACAGAAUCUGUGGUGUCAGUUCAAAUGAAUUGUGUUGAGAGUUUCAACCAAGCUGAGAACCAGGAUCAUGGACAGAUGGAGCCUUUGAGUUUGGAGAUACAAGCUGAAGCAGGGGAAGUUGUCGUAGUAGAAUCCUGUGUCUCUGGAUCUCACAUUCUUAGGUCUGAGGAGGCUCAGGAUAAGGUCUGUGGUGACUUGACUCUGACAGAUGCAGCUACAGGGUCUGUCACUGCAGAUGCCUCAUCUGGUAUCCUGGACAGCAGUGACAACCUUGAGACUAAAACUGCACAAGGAAUUAUCACUUUGGUUUCUGACAUGCAACCUGCCAGGAGUGCUGCUGGUUGGGCAAAACCAGAAAGUUUUAAUUCCAAACAAACUGCCACAGAUUCUGAUAAAACAGAGACAAGCAUUCAAACAGUGAUCACCAAAACCAUUCCCUGUGCAGAACCAGAAGUAAAGCAAGGACCACAUGUCUUAAUGCAUAUGACAAUAGCCGAUCUUAGCAAACAAACUGCAGCCGAGGUACAGCAGACAGCGACUGUGGUGUCAGCUCAGAUGAAUAGUUUGGAGGCUUCCAUCCAGACUGAGAACCAGGAUCCUCUACAGGUUGUGCCUCUGAGACUGGAAAUGCAAGCUGAGGCUGUCAGGGAUUCAGACGAAGUUGCUAUCACAGAAUCCUGUGUCUCUGGAUCUCACAUUCUCAGGUCUGAGGAGGCUCAGGAUAAGGUCUCUGGUGACUUGGCUCUGAUGGAUGACAGGGACAUAGACAGACAGAAGGAGAAGGAAGAAGUAGAAGUGAAUUUGCCUGCCCUCAGAUUAGAUCAGAGUUCUGCAUUGUCCCAUGUUUCAAAUAGUGAACAAAACAAAGUCGUGGAGGGUGCAGUUACAGGGUCUGUCACUGCAGAUGCUUCAUGUGGUAUCCUGGACAGCAGUGACAACCUUGAGAGUAAAGCGACAAAAGGAAUUGUCACAUUGGUUUCUGACAUGCAACCUGCCAGGAGUGCUGCUGGUCAGGCAAAACCAGAAAGUUUUAAUUCCAAACAAACAGCCACAGAGGCUGAUAAAACAGAGACAAGCAUUGAAACAGUGAUCACCAAAACCAUUCUUAGACCUGAGGAGGCUCAGGCUGAGGUCUCUGGUGUCCUGAACUUUAACGGUGACAGGGAUAUGGAGAGACAAGCAAAGAAGGGAGAAGAAGUAGCAGUAGAAGCAGAAGGCACUGUGCCUGGCCACAGAUUAGAUCAGAGUUUAUUACUGUCCAGUUCGUCCAAUAACAAACAAUACAAAAUCAUGGGAGAUGCAGUUACAGGGUCUCACAUUCCAACUACUUCAACCGGAAGCCCAGAUGGCAACGGCAACAAGUUGAAUGAAGCUGCAAUUACAGAGACCAUGAAGAAAGUAGAACUAGAAGUGCACAAUGGGAAGACAGUCAACAGUUUCCAUGUUACCAGUGAGGUAAAUGUGGACCCAAAUGAGUUGGACAAUAAGACAAUUAACCUAACAGGUCAAGAUGCCUUGUUGAGAACCGCAGAGUCAAAAAAGUCUACACAUUUAACAGAUUCUGGCAUGACUUUGAGUUCUUUCAAGUCUGAAGAGCCUCUGAGUCCUGAAGAAGUUCAUGUUUUUUCGUACGAAGUAAGAAGACCUACUCGACCAACCAGUCAUGGGCUUGGCCAUCUGCUUAGUAGCCUUGUGGGCUUGGAGUUGGGUGGUCAGGACCAUCAUAGCAUCAUGCCAGACAAAGAGGAACAGCUUAGUUUGGGGAACCAGCACAUAGUCAGAAAUGUAGGUGAUACUGCAUAUAACAAGAAUGUCCAGCAGUCAGGUGGCGGUCCAGGAGGCAGUUGUGGCUCAUAUGACCAGAAAGAGACUACAGAAGAAGACGUGAAGGGACAGAAAAAAUGUGAUCGACUGGUAGCCAACAUACCAGAUAACAGCAAAGGACUGUUAAAUGAGUGUGUUAAAUCUACUAGCAUCAGUACUGUCCCACCCAAUGAGGGAACUACAUUUAGUGUUGUGACUAGUAAUUCAGGAGUUAUGGCUAUCAGUAACAGCGGAUGGGCCAGUGAUCUGGCAGCUGGUUCUGGUGGCACAACUGCUAAUUCAUCAGGUACAGUCGGCGGUAAUGCAGAAGCUGCCACUACAGCAGGGGGACAGGGAAGAUUUAGGCGUGACAGUGGAGAGUGGAUGGUCUAUGGGGGCAGCGUGGGGCACAAAACUAGCACAAGGAGCAAAGAAAACCUGACAGGAGCUGAACUUCAUGCAACAGGCCAACAAGACACAGGGAAGCUCAGCAUUAGCAAAAGUGGCGAGCAGAGGGAUGGAUGCAGCCUGGAUGGCAGUACUAGCUUAAACAGCGAAGGAAAAGAAGAAAGCCCAUCAGUGGCCACAAAACCUGCACAAACCCCUCAAGAAAAAGGCAGAUUUAGCAGUCGGGGCAGUGGAGAGUGGAUAGUUUACAGCGGCAGUCUUGGGCGUAAGAAGACCUUACCCAGGACACGGAGUGAAGAAAUCCCAUCAGCGACCACACCCCCUGAGACAAGUGCGCCAGAAACAAGGAGGUUUAGUAGCACUGGGAGUGAAGAGUGGGUGGUCUGUGGUGGCAGUCUCAUACAUAGCAGCCUGGCUGGCAGCGAUAGUUUACUUCACAAAAACAGAAAAGAAAACCUGCCAACAACCACGCAGCAUCCAACAAGCCCACCAGGAGGAGGGAGGUUUGGCAGCAGAGGCAGCGGAGAGUGGAGGGUCUACGGCGGGAGCACUGGACGUAUCAGCAUCUCGGCAAGUAGCAAUAGCUUACCCAGUGCAGACAAGGAAGAAGAAUCAACAUCUGUGAAACAACAAACAAGCCCAUCGGGGUCUUUAGAAACAGGGAGGUUUGCUAACGGAGGGAGCGGAGAGUGGAGAGUUUAUGGUGGGAGUACUGGACGUUUGAGUCGUGCCAGUAGUGCAGACAGAGUUAGUGUCAGCGCCAACUCGAGCAGACACACAACCAGUGAGCCAAAACUCAGCAGUGCUGGGAGUGGUGGGAAGCUCAACCCCAGCAGUGUUGUUAAGCGCAGUAGCAGCGUGGGAAGUGGUGGUAGGUUGAGUAGUUCAGGCAGUGGUGGCAGACUCAGCAGCUCAUCUGGGAGCUACAAGACCAGCACCUCUGGGAGAUACUCCAGCACCGGCAGCAGCGAAUGGAAGCCUGUUUACAGCUCAGCCAGCGCACGUAAGAGCAGCUUGGGCAGCAUAGGGCGAUCAGGUGGAGGGGGGAAAAUCAGCAGCCAAAAAGCCCCGAGCUCGGGCGGGAGGAUGCAUGUCAGUAUGGGCAGUCUUGGCUGGCUGACCGGUUCAGCAGCUGGUGGGAAUUGCAUUAGCAGCUCAGGAAGUGGUUCUAAGCUUAGCAGCGCAGAUAGCAGCGACAGAAUUAGCAGCAGGGCCGGGGGAAGGAUCAGCAGCUCCUCUGGGUCCGGGAGAACCAAUAGCACCGGGGGAAGGGUCAUCAGCAGCAGCGACUGGCCAGUCAGAAGCACCGGCAGCGCGACUGGAGGCAACAAGGAGAGGAUCAGCGUUUGUAAGAUGGCAGCUCUGUCGAUCUCAGCUGCAGGGAGAGAGAGAAGUCAAGACAAGCAAAGACAACAGAAACAGGCUGCAGACUCCUCUGCUCUCAUGCAGCGAUGGCUGAAUACAGACGUCAGGGUCAACAGCACCAAACCUGGUGGCCAUGACGACCUGACACGCCUCUGAUGACCUCAAGCACCCAAUCACAAGUAAAACUACUUUAACUGUGUGUUUUGAGUGUAGACCAAACAAAUGCCAGUGGUGGAAAAAGGACUAAGGUCAUUUACUUAAGUACCAGUACAAUAAUACAAAAAUACUCUGUUACAAGUAGGAGUAAAAGUAAAAUAGUCUAAUUUUUGAAGAACAAGAACAGAAACAAACAGCAGAAAGUUGUUGUUUUUUGUUUUGGUGAAAUAUUGUAAAUCUGAACCUCUUUUGGUCUUCGCUGAAAUGAAGCCGUGUGAGAAGUUUAGACGGGAAACCUUUAAAUGAGGGUUCUGAUUUAAUCUUUCACAACCUGCUACCAAAGCUGAGCAACGCAGUGAAAUAAAAAGCAGAUUAUCCUCUGACAUGUGGUGGAGUAGAAGCUUUAUGUUGCAUAAAAUAAAGUAAGAAAAGUACAAGGAGCUGUCCAAAACUGUACAGGGCUUAAGCAACUGUACUUAGUUACUGUCCACCACUGAGAAAUACAAUAUGAAAUAACCAUAUACUUUUUUAUUAUUAAAAAUCCAGUGUAUUCUGUUUGAUUUGACUUUAAAGAAUAAAAACUUUGUUUAAAGUUCUGAUGAUUUUUAGUGACUGUUUGAGACUCAAAUCACCGCCUGAUGUGUUCAGCUGUACAGUUUAAAUUGUGUGGUGUUUAAGUGUCACUGAUUUUACAUGUGGUUUGGUAUUGAUGAUGUAAUCACCUCACUGUGUGCUCUUUAUUAUUAUACACACAUCAGCUCUUUGUUCCACGUCGACAUCGAGUCGUGUCGGUCUCUUCGCGAUGUGAUGUUCGAUGUCUCGUCUUGUUGUUGGUGUUGCUGUCACAUCUAAUUUGUACGUUUUAAUCUGAAAAUAAAGCUGACAAAUGAA